AUGAUGUAUAAUUGGUCCGGAAUUCUUUAUACAAAAAUGGUUUCUGCAACUUCAAGAUCAUUAGUUGCAGCAACGGUUACAAUUCUUGUUUGGAUUAUCAUGUUGAUUCUUCAUUACACAACUCACCACUAUGAUGAGAGUAUCUCAUUAUGGUCAAUAAUGGAAAUAUUUGGAUUUAUUCUUAUGGUAACUGGAACAUCAAUUUAUAACAAUGUGAUGGAUAUUGGAGAUAAAAUCAUUGAAAAAAUACGGCUCACUAAAAGUGAAUCCGGAGAUAAAGAAGAAGAAAAAGAAAUAUGA